AUCAUGGGGUCGUCUUCAGGGUGCACUCUGGCAAAUUGCUCUCGGCAUGAGGUCUGAGGUGGGGGGCGUCGGAGUGUUCGGGGCCCCAGAUUGUUUUUGGGAGUCCGACACGCAGCAAAACACGCCAUUGUUAUCAUUAUUCUCCCGCCGUUUGUUUCUCCAGCGGGGAAAAGCGCACAUUGGUAGCGCUGUUGUUGGCUCUUUUGCAGCAUUCCCUACUUCGGGGGGACUUCGGGUGGUGACUCAGCGUCUUAGCUAAUCCAUUAACAACUAAUUGUCUCCUCCUCCCUCGCUAUUUGGACAAACAGCCCAGUAGGAGAGGGGCCAGGAUGGUGGGGGGGAUGCCAGAGGGGGGUUCAAGCUGGAGCCUUAUAAAAGUGCAAGAGGAGCCCGGUCACUGUCACUUGUUGACGUUUGGAUUUUUGUCAGCUGCUGCCAAGACGACAGACCACAAGUCAUAAAACCCGUCUCGUGUCGUCCUGACCUCGUUCGAUUUGCCCUCGAUUUUGUCGGCCAUGUUGCCCGGCGUGUGGAUGGCGAGCCUGUGUCUGUGCUUCACACUGGCCGAGGCGCACAUUUGGGCGUGGAUGCUAAACAUGCCGCACAGUCCGCCCAAAGACGGGGCCGCUGCGCUGCGGGAUGUUGCGCCCCCUGCCAGAGCCACCACGGCGGCGUGCGACCACGACAGGGCCUGUGUGCGAGGUUUCUCCUGCGACCGCCACUUUGGCCUAUGCGUGCCCCUCCGCGGGGAGGGGCACUACUGCCGCAGGGACACCCAGUGUGUGCGGGGCCUCAGCUGCAUGUUCGGGAAGUGCCACCGCAGUAUUCCCAAUGGACAAGAGGGUGCUCGGUGCAAAGUGGACCGGGACUGCGGGGCGUCCAUGUGCUGCGCCCGCCACCACGGCGAGCGCGUGUGCAAGCGGAGGCUGAAGCGCGGCGACGGCUGCUACGUGCCCGACGGCGGCCUGGCGUUCAGCAUCAACCAGAUCUGCCCGUGCGACGAGGGGUUGUUGUGUCGGGAGAAUGCCGUCCCGCGCAGGAGAGAGAGGGAUUUUGUAUACCAGGCGGAGCGCACAAGCUGGACGUGCCAAGUGCCCAAACACUAACACCGAGCUUUAUAUCAAUUACUAUUUAUUGACUCCAUUGUACAGAAUUGUGUAUAUGAAAUUUGUGUCGUUUUCUACAUGUUUGUAUAGUUUCUUUUUAUGUUUUUAACUUGAAGCACUACAAUGACCUGUUGUCAUCAUAACACGUUUGCUGUACUCCAAUAGAACCAAUAAAGAACUGAAAGUG